CACUGAGGCUUACAACUGGGCUUGCAAAAUACAUGGGCAGAUUAAUAAUGUGUAUUGUGUGUGUGUUGUGUUUCUAUUUUAGAGAUUUCAGGUGCAUUUGUUGAGAAUAGCAAAUUGCUGUACUUUUUAAAAUCCCAAAUGAACGCUUACUGGCCAUGCUGUUACUAUUUUGUUAGGGAGAGCUAUCAACCAGGCUGUUUGGAUGAAGUAAACCUCUAGCUCUGUAGCUGAUCCACAGUCUUAAAAAGAGUUGCUCCUCUUUGAGAAGUUCACCAAUGCUGAUCAGAGCACCAAGUGCUUCCUUAAAGGAUACUUUCAGUUUAUUACAACUUGGGUUAUAUUUUUGUAGUUUUGAUGAUGGCUCCUAUUAGUAAUUACAACAUUCUACUCCCCAAGUUAUUAUUAUCGAAAUAAUUUCCACCUACCACAACUGUCUGUUGUUAACAUCAAUCACAGUUUUCAGACCGAUUUUGGGGUUCAACUUCAACAUACUCUACCAUACUUGCAGUAGUUGUGCUUGCACCAAGACUGGAUUAUCAAUACAGUACCCCCCAAUAUUCAGAAUGUAUCAAAUUGUCCCCCUACUAUUUUUAUAAAAUUUGGCACCAGUCAGCAUUAAUUCCCAGCACAAUGGUGAACCUCGAACGCAUUUAAUGAGAAUGCACUAACAUUCCAAAUCUGGGUUUGAAGGAGAGAUAAUCACUGCUUGUUUGGGUCGUGGCUAGAAAUAUGAACAAAUAUGAACAGCAUGCAAUAGUUUACCAGAUAGUCUCAUGCUGACUCUUGUGGAUUCAGUGGACAGAGAGGGAGACAGAAGAAGUGAAGGAAUAAUAUAAGAUUUUUGUUUAAAAAUGCUUUAAAGUGCUCAGUUUAGCUGUUAAGUUUCUAAAGAUUUCUCCUGCCAAAUUUUUUUGACUGCAUGGACCGCCAAACGUGUGAACAUGUCCCUGUAUGUAGACAACAUAGUACAUUGUUCGCUGAGUACAUCCGUCCAUUAAGUACCACCAUUUACUAUUUUGUUGUAGCGAUGUUGUCCUGUUCCCAGAUCACAGCAAUUACUUUGGUUUGUUUCAUGUUAUCAUAACUGAAAUGAUGGACAAAAGUUGCAAUAAACUGGAAUUAUCCUUUAAUUGGUUCAGCCAAUACUGAUAAGCGGUUCCAGUGCUCACUAAAUUAGGCAUUCAUUAAAUACAUGAUUGUGAGCAUGAAUUAUAUUUAUUCUUAUAGUGGGCUUUUCCCAACAGAACACUGUAAAAUGAGACAAGAUGACAAAGAGGCUUUGCUUCAAAAAGUUAAGUUUUGCAUUUUUAUCAUCUAAUUUUAAAGAUCUCAACAGACAGUUUAUCUUUCUAAAGUGCUAUCUUUAAAAGUAUUAGUGGUUUUAUCUGAGGCAGAUAGAUGUUUUGCUGCUGCAGAGGCUAAGUACUAAGGAAUGCUUUGGCUUCACUACUGAUAGUGCAGAUAGUAUCAGCACGAGCACCUCUAUAUAUCUCUCUCCCUCAUUUCUGAUGUGACAACCAGCUGGCCCAGCCCAGGUCUUGACCAGGCUUUGGCCCUGUAGCCCGUGUUGCUGACGAACAGAUGAAGAUGAUUGAACACCCGACUAUGCUGUCAUUCCCUAUCCUAUGUUCCUGUCUGCAUCGCCCCCUCUCUUCCUCAAUCCCUCUCUUAGUGCGAGGGUGAAACUGAGUACUGAUUGGUUCCUCCAGACUGAUGCUGAGGGUGACACCCAUUCCCUCAUCAACUGGCCCUCAAGAGUUAGGGAGAGGCUUGCCAAGGAGGAAGGCAGCCAGAGGAGCCCGGAGCUGGGAAAUAUUACAGAAACCCUGGCGUACCGCAAACAAUUUCCACACCAGACCCAAACCUCUACACGCUACCACACAGACCCACCAGGCCCCCAGCAAGCUUACUCCCAUCCCCACCAUCACUCCCAGGCUCAGCUCACCCGACCUGGACCACCAGGAGGACAAGAAGUUGGUGGUUACCCCAGUUACCUGUCCAUGGCCUCUGGCUCCACAACCAGAGCUGGGCGGCGGCAGCAGCAGCAGCAACAACAAUCCCAAGAGGAAGAGACUGAGGAGUCAGAGGAUGUGAAAACAGAGGGCCUUCUGAGGAGUAAGAAAGCAGUGCUGCCCUCUGAGAUUCGCCGCAGGGAGAGAAGCACUGAGGACCCACGGAGAGGAAGGGGGGAAGAGGAGCUAGGGAUGUCCAGGGCACUGAGUCUCAGCCAGGCAAGGGAGUCUGAGGCAGACGAUCCUGCAAGAGGAGGUCACAGAAGCAGAGCCAGGUGGGACGAAACAGAGCACACCUCCCUGCAAGCAUCAGAGAGCAGGCCCAGAGAGCGGGAAAAUGCCAUUUAUAUCCAUAAAGGGAUGGCUGCCACCCACAUCCAGCCCAGAGCGGCACAUGCAGGCCCAGGAAGCUCCACCUCCAGUACAGCCCUGAGCCGCUCAGUGUCAGAUGUUGGGGAUCCACGAGGGCCCAGUCAGAGUCCCAGUCAGUGCCUGCAGAACCAGGCCCAAGACCCCCGAGAGGUCAGGGAGGGUGAAGGUUUCAGUAACCGAGAGAGUCACAAGGACACCGCGAUGUCUGUGGUCCAGCUCAGACAUUCCUACAUGGAGAGCACCGCCAACCCUCCAGCCAGCCACAGGACUGAGCUUGAGGUUGAGGGGGAUAGGGCACUCGCAGGCUACAAGGCCCCAUGGAGAGGGGAGAGGGACAGGGGGCGCAGGGCUCGGCAGUAUAUCUGUCCCGGGGAGAGUAGAAAGACCUCACAGAGGUUUAGGACGCAGCCCAUCACUUCUGCUGAGCGCCAGGAGACUGAUAGGUCCUGUGUGAGUUCAGAUCUUACUUCCACUGAAGCUGAUGAAGAGAAGCUAGAUGAACGGGCCAAGCUGAGCGUAGCAGCCAAGCGCUCUCUCUUCAGGGAACUGGAGAAGAGCAUUGAUGGCGGAGCCCCUAAACCACGGUCCAGGAAUGCAGCAGUGGACAGAAGACUAAGAAGGACACAAGACCGGUCCAGAACUCAGCCAGUCACCACUGAGGAAGUAGUCAUUGCCGCCACCAUCCCCACUCAUGUGCCACCAACGGUGACUCUUCACACUGCUGUAGCACGCGUCCCUAGCCCCACCCUAGUUUGCAGCACUGUCCCACCAUACAGACUGCAGGCAUCCUUGCAGCAGAGUGCCACCGCCUGGGAGCAGGGGUGGGCGGCCAGGCAGGUGCAGGAUACCGAGGAGGUCCAAGGCCCUAAACAGGUGUCCUCAAUGGAGGGAAAAGACCAGAGCCAGAGUCAAAGCCAGGGUCAGGAGGAGCCUGACCUCUGCACCCUCAGCCUGGCAGAAAAGAUGGCGCUGUUCAACAGACUGUCUCAGCCUCCCACCAGGGUUACCCGCACCAGAGGGGACACACGUCAGCGCAGGGCCGGUGCUCGCUACCAGACACAACCCAUCACACUGGGAGAUAUGGAGCAGGAGGCUUCAGACAUAGACAUCAGGGAUGAACAGGAGCUAUGUGACAGCCCAGUAGAGCACCUACAACUUCAAAAUGGUACAGGCUCUCGGUUCCUUCGUACUUUGUCAUCCUCCUCUGCUCUGAAAGCAGGAGGUACCGUCUCCACUGACCAUGCCGGAGACAUCCACAUAACCAGAGCAGCAGCCCGGGUCGAACCCCUCCCUCCCAGCUCUGACAGGUCUCUGCCCACUCGCCACCCAGACGGCCCGGCUUUGAGGUCCCAGGACUCUGUGUACCACCAGAGGUACAGAAUCUUUCCCCAGGGAGAAGACGGAGCUGAUCUUGGAGGAGGGAAGAGGAAGCUGCCCUCCCCUGAGGGAGCGGUAAGGCAGGCCGCUCUUCCCCAGCCUGGAAUAGAGAGGAGGGGUGAGGAGGAGGAAGAGGAGCAGCGGCUAGCCAGAGGGGGGGGGGAUAGAGCCGUGGAGAGCUCAGAGAGCCACAUGCUCCAGGAGAGGCAGGAGGCAUAUCUGAGGGAGGAAGGACACUACCCGGACAGUCAAAAGAGAAGGGCCAUCAGUGGAGAACUGCCAGAGUCUACUGUGGUAACAUCCAGAGCAGCAUCUGGUUCACCCAGGAGUGUGUGUCAGCCUCCAGUGGCAGAUACACACAUAGACGGCAGCGAACACACAGUCGGCCUGGUUCAGCCUGAGCUGGGUGACGAACUGAGCGACAUGAUGACAGCCAGACACAUGUCCAUCAAACAGAGAGUGGCUUUGUUGAAGAUGAGUGGCGAGCAAGACUGGAGGAACAGGAUCAAUAAGAAACAGGAUGUGGUGAAGGUUGCUGUGGGUGAACAGCACGCUCAGCUCUGGGAGGUGGAGCAGAGCUUCAAGACGAAGGAGCCGGCCUUUGCCUCUACUUUCUCUCCUCCUCCUGAGCCUCAUUCUACUUCUUCCCAACAUGAGUCAGCCAGCCAGGUCACCAGAUCUCCCAGACCCAUGCAGGUGGAUGAGAAACACCCCUGGAGACGGAAGAGAAUAGCUGAAGCUGAGAUGGAGUGUCAGGGGAUCGAGUCUCACAUGUCCAUUCAGGAGCGGAAACAGCUGAUAGUAGCCCAAGAGGAGGCCUGGAAGAUGAAAGGCUACGGAGCUGCCAACGACUCCACCCAGUUCACUGUAGCUGCACGCAUGGUGAAGAAAGGGUUGGCCUCCCCCUCAGCCCUCCAGUCUUCAGUGUCAUCCAAACCCAAGAACAGCAGCCUGGCCAUCUCCAAACCACAGGAAGAGAUCAAGGCCGUACCAGAUCUGAACCUAGAGUCCGACAUUAAGCUGGAUAAACUGGAGUCAUUCCUAGGCAAGCUCAACAGUAAAGUGUCUGGACUGCCAGAGGCGACCAUCACAGUUACAGAGAAGAAGGUAAAGGAAGUGAUGACCCUCGAAGAUGAAACUUUUUCCAAGUUCUACCGCCAAGUGGAGGAGAUCCCCGUCACCACCAACAAGGUGGAGAUAGACGAUGACUUUGAUGCCAUCUUCGGUCCCCAGGUGCCAAAGCUGACCUCGGAGAUGGUGCAACACAAGCGAGCGGUGCGCCCGGCGCGUAACGUCCAGUCAUCUAGGAACCCUCUAAAGAUGCUGGCUGCCAGGGAGGACAUCAGACACGAAUACACAGAACAGAGGCUCAAUGUUGGCCUGCUGGAGAGCAAGAGGAUGAAGGCAGAGAAGAUGAAUAAGAACUCUGGUUUCUCUGAUGUGGCUCUGGCUGGUCUGGCCAGCAAGGAGAACUUCAGCAACAUCAACCUGCGCAGCGUCAACAUCUCCGAGCAGAUGUCCAACAACAGCGCCGUGCCUUACAAGAAACUCAUGCUCUUACAGGUCAAAGGCCGACGACACGUCCAGACCAGGCUGGUGGAGCCCAGAGCGUCCUCCCUGAACAGCGGCGAUUGUUUCCUACUCAUUACGCCACACCACUGCUUCAUCUGGACUGGCGAGUUCGCCAACGUCAUCGAGAAGAACAAGGCUUCAGAGUUAGCAAACUUCAUCCAGAGCAAGAGAGAUUUGGGUUGCCGCGCUAACUAUGUCCAGGUCAUCGAGGAGGGCGUCAGCACACACAGCCAUGCUGCCAAGGAUUUCUGGAAGAUUCUGGGAGGGCAGUUGAGUUUUCAGUCUGCAGGAACACCAGAUGAAGACGAGCUGUAUGAGGGUGCCAUUGUGGAGACAAACUGUAUUUACCGCCUGAUGGAUGACAAACUGGUCCCAGAUGAUGAUUUUUGGGCCAAGAUGCCCCGUUGUUCCCUGCUCAACCCCAAAGAGGUUUUGGUGUUUGACUUUGGCAGCGAGAUGUACAUAUGGCAUGGAAAGGAAGUGACGCUGGCACAGAGGAAGGUGGCCUUCCAGCUGGCCAAGCACCUGUGGAACGGCACCUUUGACUACACAAACUGUGACAUUAACCCGCUCGACCCGGGAGAGUGCAACCCACUCAUACCUAAGAAAGGUCAGGGCCGACCUGACUGGGCAGUGUUUGGCAGACUGACUCAACACAAUGAAACCACCCUGUUCAAAGAGAAGUUCCUGGACUGGAGUGACUCCAGGAAAACUCCCAGUCCCAUAAAAAACACCAACGACCACAUCACUGAUCAAAAGGAGAAGUCCACCUCUGAUCAGCCCCAUGCGUACGACGCCUCCCUGAUGCUGCCCCUCCAUGAGGGACCCAUCUGCACCAGACUGGACGGGUUCAAUGUGGGGCGGGGCUACGGCCUUGUGGAGGGAGAGGAGUGGCGGAGCUACGAGAUCAGCACGCUGGCGGUGGAGGUGUGGCACAUCCUGGAGUUCGACUACAGCCGCCUGCCCCGCCAGAGCAUUGGCCAGUUUCAUGAGGGUGACACAUAUGUGAUGAAGUGGAAGUACAUGGUCAGCACUGCAGUUGGGAGAAGACAGAACCCGGAGCAGCUGAAAACAGCGGGGGCCGGGAAGGAGAAGUGCUGCUACUUCUUCUGGCAGGGCCGCAACUCCACCGUCAGCGAGAAGGGAACAUCAGCACUUAUGACAGUGGAGCUGGACGAGGAGGGGGGAACACAGGUUCAGGUCCAGCAGGGUAAGGAGCCUCCAUGUUUCUUGCAGUGCUUUCAAGGAGGGAUGGUCAUCCAUUCAGGGAAGAGAGAAGAGGAGGAGGAAAACUCACAGAAUGACUGGCGCCUGUACUGUGUGCGGGGAGAGGUAGCGGUGGAGGGACACCUGCUGGAGGUAGCCUGUCACUGCAGCAGCUUGCGCUCCAGGGUCUCAAUGGUGUUGCUGAGUGUUAGCCAGGCCCUCAUUUACCUGUGGCAUGGCUGCAAAUCUCAGACACACACACGGGAGGUGGCACGCACUGCUGCCAACAAAAUCAAAGAACAUUGUCCUCUGGAAGCAGGCCUCCACAGCAGCAGCAAGGUAACCAUCCAGGAUUGUGAUGAGGGAGCAGAGCCCACAGGAUUCUGGGAACCCCUUGGGAGGAGGGACAGGAAAGCUUAUGACUGCAUGCUGCAAGACCCAGGGAGGUUUAACUUCUCACCACGUCUGUACCAGCUGAGCAGCAGCUCAGGGGAGUUUGCAGCUGUGGAGUUUCUAUACCCUGCCAGAGACCCCAAGCAGGUCAACUCUAUGCCUUUCCUGCAAGAGGACCUUUAUGCAGCUUCCCAGCCAGGCCUGUUCCUGGUGGACAACCACCAUGAGGUGUAUCUGUGGCAGGGCUGGUGGCCUCAGGACAGUGAAAGCACCGGCUCAGCCCGAAUCCGCUGGGACUCAGACAGGAAGUGUGCCAUGGAGACUGUGCUGCAGUACUGUAGAGAAAAGAAUGAGAAGAAGCCUCCCAAAGCUUAUCUGAUCCAUGCUGGUCUGGAGCCACUCACCUUCACCAACAUGUUCCCCAGCUGGGAGCACAGAGAGGACAUCGCUGAGAUCACUGAGAGGGAGGCAGAGGUGUGUAACCAGAUUAUUCUAGUGGAGGAUGUGUUGGCCAGGCUGUGUAAGACCACAUACCCCCUGGAAGAUCUUCUGGCCCGGCCACUGCCUGAGGGUGUUGACCCUCUUCGCCUGGAGGUCUACCUGUCUGAUGAGGACUUUGAGGGUGUAGGGGCUUAUGGGAAGAAAGCCCUGGAGAUGACCAGAGAGGAGUACGGCGAUUUGCCUGGCUGGAAGCAGGUGAACUUGAAGAAAGCCAAAGGACUUUUCUAAAUGGUUGAAGCAGAGCGUUAACCUGAAGAUAUCAGAAAAAAGCCACCAGGAGGUUGUUUUGUCUCCUCUUUUGUUUACGUCUGGACACAACAGAGUCUCAGGGAAGUAAUUAAGGUGUGGAAGAGGUGAUCAGUGAACGAGAGGUGUGCCAGCUUCUUGUGCUGCAAAGUUCCUUCCCAUCUGCUUUUUGAGUUGGAAUUUUGGUUGUAUAAGUAGGAAACAAAUGUAGGUGGAUGCACCUCUGAGUGGAUGUGUUAAUAGUUCUUCUUUAAAGUCACACUCUGUUAAUGUUUGUUCAUAUGUACCAUACGCAGAACAGCCAGUGCUGUUACAUUUUCAGCCAUGCAGCCAUCUGGUAGUGGGAGCAGGCCUGUCAGUCUGUUCAGCACACUCCACAUCAGACUCUCUGCUAUACUUAUAUGUAUGCUUGUGCAUUACAAAUAGCUUAUAUUUAUAUCAAAUCCAUAUAGGAAUUAAAAAAAAAACCUUCAUAAAUAUUGACUGAGCUAAAAAUGAUUGAAUAAACUGUAUAAUUAAUGUUGAGGAGGUUUGUGUCAUAUGGUGAUAAAUAGUGGAUAUUACAGAAAAUAUCUUGCUGUACAGUUCACCAUUUGCCAUUUACAGAUCAAAUUAUGCAGCUUUAUUUGUAUGUGUCUAGUGUCAAUUUUGUUACAGAUAGAAGAAAGGAUAUAGGCUUGAUUAAAGUCAAAGAAAGUGUGAUGAUUAAAUGUAUUUGAAUUUAAAAUUCUACAGUGUAUAGUGCCUUGCUUUUGUGUACAGUUUAUAUACAGAUCCUAGUCUGCAUUUUGAAGACUUUUUGUGAUAUAAAGAAAUAUUAGAGAAAUAAACCAUGAAAGUUGUAUAUCAGAA